AUGCCUGUGAUGCGAGUGAGGGACGACACCGAAGGUUUCGAUAUGGUGUUCCAAAAAAGUCAACGCCAAGCCAAACGUGGUAUUGCGUUGCAUGGACGCUUGGUCGUGCUUCGCUACCGCGCACGGGCACGAUACGGCUGCGACGAAACACCAAGGAGCACGCAAAUGAGACCACAACAAGAGCAGCUGGUCGGAACGCACAUUCUGCUUCAUUCUCGACAAAAAGUGACUAUGCUUUGGAUAUCGUCAUUGACGCUAUCCCUGCUUCAGCUUUUUAUUGCACGGCAGAGUGUUGAGCAGCACUUGACACGGUGCAAAUGGUACAUAAGACGAAGCAAGAGCAGACGCUACAGUUAUAGGUUUGGCUCUACAAACUAUGAUUGCUGGGAUGCGUUGAAAAAUGCCUGCGGCCCCGAGGCUUCUUCUUACGAGGAGAUUUUCCAGGGGGCCGAGAACAUCGAGUAUGUCACUGGUAUCCCUGUCAAUACGACCAUGAGCUACGUUAUUCAUUCACGAAACGGCCAAGUGCAGGAGGAAGUCGCUGCUUGGUCUGGCGUUGAACGAGGAUCCGACCUAUUCAUAAAAGGCUGGGGAGGUUUUGACGUCAUGGAAGCCUGCAGCAGGAGAGUGAAACAAAGAGAAAUUGAGCAACUCACCCCUGUCCUAGAUAUGUUUGUACUCGAAAGGCUCAAGGAAAAAGCCAAGACUUUGAACAACUGCAGACAUGGCGGUCCCAAAAAAGAAUUGAUCCAACGGCUCAUCCAACACCCUGAUUUCAAUGGUCCCCUAGAUAUCGCCUUGUUGGCUCAAGACUCUGAACCUCGUGAUUUUCAUCCCACGAAAGGGAAAGGUUGGCGCGGCCGUUAUACCCCCGAAGAUGUACGCAAUGCUGUGAUGCACAACACAGCCCCGUGGCUAGUGGGUUCUCCAACAGACGUCGCCAUUGAAGCAUAUUUUGGGGAUGUCAUCCACGAGAAGUGGGUCUUUAAUGCUCUUCGUGUCAUACUAGGAGCGGGCAGAGACUGCCCGAUGCGACUGCAUCUCAUAGCCAACUAUGAUUCGUGGAGGCAGGAAAGAAAUUUAAACUCUUUGGAUGAGGUUGUUGCUGCAACCAAUGCUUUUUUGCAGGGUGAGAAUCCAUUCUGGCCAGAUGAAUGGGAAUACAUGAAUCCUUAG